GGAAGAAAGUCCGUAGAGGGGGCACGGAGGCGCUGUGCCGCGCAUGCGAGUAGUGCAAGUGCUAGUGAGCCGAGCGCGCGCGCAUAUCACACCUCACCUACUGUCUCCUGUUCCUGACAUAGCUCGGACUCUACCAACAUGCGCUUACUGCUGUGCUUAGCGCUGAUUGGCGCGGCGUCGUCACAAGAGAGCGACUGGCAGCCAAUCGUCCCAGAGUCGUCGCUCAACUACGCGACCGUCGUCAAGUCGACGCACAGAGCCCUCGAUUCCGGGCAGUUCAAGAUCCUGAACCGGAGGCCGUCAGGUCACAUCCGACCUUAUGGCAUCAGCGAGACCAAGAUCAGCAGCAUCCACCACACGGCGCCGGUGCCCGAAGCUGACUGCAGUGUCUUCAAGGUUUCCAUGAACCAAGAGGUGUUCUAUCAAUACCUGCAGUAUGAGAAAGACGUGCCUGAACUAAAAGAGUUCACUCUGUGUAUGUGGACCAAGUUCCACAACCACUCCGGCGAUCACCCCCUGUUUUCGUACUCCGUCCCUGGCAGUCCCAAGGAGAUAUCUGCGUGGAUUUCUAACACCGAAGAGGCGAGCUACUUCAGCAUGGCUGUCCACGGGCAGACGUUCUACAGGCUCAACUAUCCUUUGAAGCUCAACAAAUGGUACCACUCGUGUUCGUCGUGGAACGGCAAGUCGGGCGAGUGGCAGGUCUGGGUCGACGCCGAGAGAGUCGGCCGAGGCUUCCACAACAGACUGGUCGGGCACGUCAUAAAAGGCGGUGGCACGGCAAUAAGCGGACAAGAGCAGUCUCUACUUUACAAAGACGGUCUAGAGCCUAUCAGUCGGCAACCGGGGCUUAUGGGUGAAAUUACGAUGCUUCAGUUGUACCAUGUGGCGCUGACAGCGGGCAAGGCUCACAAGGACCACAAGCAUCACCACGCGCACCACUUCAAGCACGACGGCUCUCCGCUGGACGCCAACACGGAGGAGGCUCCAACUGAACCGCCACCGCCGGAACCCACCCCCAUUGGCAACGGAAACUUCUUGAUCGGCGGCCAGAUACAGACGCGCCCCAACCUGAACCUAGCGGCAUCGCAGCAGCAGCAACAACAGAUCCUGCAAGUCCAGCAGCCGAAUGGCCUCCAGUUGCAACAGCAAUUCCUGAACGGACAACUCGGAAACAGACUGGUUUCUGAACAGUUGCUGAACAGUAUCCAAGCGUCCGGUCACAUCCCGGUACCAGUGAUCAGCGACAACUCUGUGGGCCAGCAGUAUUCGAUCCGCCAGCCACCGAAGACCACUGUGGUGCUAUCGGGCUCGCUGCUCAACCCCGCCAACGUGCAGUUCAUCGACGACACCGCCACCCACAACAUCUUCCGACGAGACUCCAAGAAACGCGACAAGAGAGAUAAUCCGGAGAAGGAACUAAAAGAGGAGACUAGUUCAGGCAAGAAAGACAAAAGGGGUCUUGUGGCACUGUCCGACGGAUCGAUCGUGGACGAAGCACUUCUAAGCCCCAACCUGAGCAGUAAUAAUGAUGAGGACGACAUUUUGUUCCAACAAUCUUUGAUGAACGGCCUCGCAGGCUUCGUUGGAAAUUUACCGAUACAAAAUGAACAGAAGGACACUGUGGACGAGAGGGAGCCAGCAGAAGCGGAGGUGAAGGCUGUGAUGCAGGUGUGCAGCAGCUGCGUCGCCGAGCCAUUCAAGAAGGCCCUAGUCCUGUCCUGGAGGACCACGGCCAAGAAACUGUACAGCGGAGCACACUACUACAAGGGCCUCCCGAUCUGCAGGGCCUUUUAAUACAAACCAUCUCUAUUUUUAGACAAUUCUGCACGCGCUAUCGCCUGCUGCACUUUCAAAGAGACGUUUUCGCAUUUCUUUUACCACUGUCAAUGCCGUAGGUUGGUAAACGGUAACAACACUGUUGACCACAGAGGCUGUUAGUUCUAAGUUUAGUUAAGUGUCAUUCCAUUCCUUAUCUUCAAGCUUAACGGUUUCAGUUGCACGUAGGUAGCCUGAGUUGGAACGACUAACUUUAACGUUGAGUUACCAUGUUCAAUGACAGUCCAAAUUGACGUAUCGCUAAACUGCUAAGUUGGAACACCUUAAGCUGCGUCCACAUUUGUAUCUUUAGUAAGCUCUUGUCACAGCAUCGGUAAUCAUUUGUUAUUUAUUUUAGCUUUAAGUGGUACUUGCGUAGAUUUUGUAUAAAAUUUUAGUUAUACGCUGCUCAUGAGGUCUAUUAAUGUAAGUUAAGGAAGAUUUUACCAAUUUUGUUACCAUUUUUAAUAAAAGUUACCAGGUAUAAAGUUGUA